UGUUGGGCUGUAUAAAUUUGUUACCCACAGCUCUAAUAAUAAUUUAUUUAAAGCAUGUCAAGGUUACCAGCAGUUGUCAUAGAUAAUGGAACGGGGUUUACUAAAAUGGGAUAUGCUGGUAAUUCGCAACCCUCCUUUAUAAUUCCGUCAGCUAUAGGUAUCAAAGAAAAAGCUGCUAUCGGUGAAAGUGCUCAACGCCGUUUAGGUAAAGGUUUGGAAGAUCUUGAUUUUUUCAUCGGAGAGGAAGCUGUUGAUAACCAAAAAACUUAUGCUAUUUACAAUCCCAUUCGUCACGGAAUAGUCGAAGACUGGGAUCUAAUGGAGAAAUAUUGGGAACAGGCGAUUUUUAAAUAUCUUCGAGCAGAGCCUGAAGAUCACUAUUUCUUGUUGACAGAGCCUCCAUUGAACACUCCUGAAAAUCGUGAAUACACCGCUGAGAUCAUGUUUGAAUCUUUUAACGUUCCUGGACUUUAUAUCGCGGUUCAGGCCGUUCUAGCCCUCGCAGCUUCCUGGCCGUCGGUCGAAAAAUUGAAAAGGAAACUUACAGGAACUGUGAUUGAUUCGGGAGACGGCGUUACCCACGUGAUUCCCGUUGUGGAAGGCUAUGUGAUCGGCAGUUCCAUCAAGCACAUCCCAAUCGCUGGAAGGGACAUAACUUUGUUUGUCCAGCAACUUCUUCGUGAAAGAGAACCGCAGAUCCCACCAGAGGUAUUCGCCACGUGCAUGAUAGUCCACGUGGAUUCCAUGGAAGUUGCUAAAGUUAUUAAAGAGCGUUAUAGUUAUGUUUGCUCUGAUUUGGCAAAGGAGUUUCAGAAAUUUGAUGAAGAGCGUUCAAAAUACAUCAAACAAUAUGACGGCCAACAUUCCGUUACUAAAAAACCGUAUGCAGUGGAGGUUGGGUAUGAACGGUUUCUUGGCCCUGAAAUAUUUUUUCAUCCGGAAUUUGCCAAUCCGGACUUCACUGCGUCCAUUUCGAGCGUUACUGAUGCGGUCAUUCAAAGCUGCCCCAUUGACACGAGGCGUGGCCUUUACUCUAACAUUGUACUUUCCGGAGGAACUACAAUGUUUAAAAACUUUGCUCUUCGCUUGAAGCGCGAUAUCAGCAAAUGCGUGGAGACACGAAUCGCUAUUUCUGAACAGCUCAGCCAUGGCCAGCUUAAGCCGAAGCCCAUUGAAGUAAACGUUGUCUCCCACAAUAUGCAGCGGUACGCUGUUUGGUUUGGCGGAAGUAUGCUUGCGUCUACUCCCGAGUUUUAUAAAGUCUGCCACACUAAAAGAGACUAUGACGAGUAUGGCCCUUCCAUUUGUCGCCACAAUCCAGUGUUUGGCACUAUGGCGUGAUCUUACAUUUCGGACACGGUUUACUAUUAUCUCCGUUCUGAUAGGGAAGGAAUAAAGACAUAAUAAUAUUAUUAUAA